AGGGAAGGGUAUGCUAAUGUUUACAACCAGCGGGCUGUCAAUAACUCGAUCGUUAGCACGGAUCGAUCGAGUCUCUCAUCUCUCUGUGUGUGAAGAGACGAGGAACUGAUGGAGUGAGAUCCAUGACUCCGUCCCAGGCUCCUGUUUGCUGUGGACCCCCCCGCUCGGUGUUGUCUGUCCACACUGACUCUGAGUUGUCCUCCAGGAACACCACAGGGUCCCGAUGGAAUGGGUGUUCAUCAUGAACCGGAUGAGCUCUCAGGGUAGCGCUGCAGCCCAGCGCAGGCGCAUGGCCCUGGGGGUGGUGAUCCUCCUGCUGGUGGACGUCAUCUGGGUCGCCUCCUCCGAGCUGACCUCAUACAUUUUCAAGCGACAGGAGUACAACAAACCUUUCUUCAGCACGUUCACCAAGACCUCCAUGUUCGUGCUGUACCUGCUGGGUUUCCUGCUGUGGCGGCCCUGGAGGCAGCAGUGCACCGGCUCUCUGAAACGCCGCCACUCUGCAUUUUUUGCGGAUGCUGAGGCCUACUUUGCACCGUGCACCACUGACACUACUGUGAACAACCGCUUGAGUGAACCACUGUAUGUGCCUGUGAAGUUCCAGGAUGUACCUGCUGAGCACUCAAAUUACUUGACUGGAGAUUUUCAAACUUCAGCUACCAAAAAGCAGCGGGUGCGUUUCAGUAACAUCAUGGAGGUGCGUCAGCUGCCUUCCACUCAGGCUCUGGAGGCCAAGCUGUCCCGCAUGUCCUACCCUGCCGCCAAGGACCAUGAAGCCAUGCUGCACACGGUGGGCAAGCUCACCAUCACUGAUGUGGCCAAGAUCAGCUUCUUCUUCUGCUUCGUGUGGUUCCUCGCUAACCUGUCCUACCAGGAAGCCCUGUCCGACAUGCAGGUUGCAAUUGUCAACAUUUUAUCCUCCACCUCAGGCCUGUUUACGCUGAUCUUGGCGGCCAUCUUUCCCAGCAACAGCAGCGACCGCUUCACUUUGUCCAAGCUGCUCGCUGUGGCUCUCAGCAUGGGAGGUGUGGCCCUGGUGAGUUUCUCCAUCAUGGACAGCCCUGACGAGAAAGGUGUCACAGGUUCCUUGUGGUCGCUGGCCGGGGCGAUACUUUACGCUUUCUACAUCGUCAUGAUCAAGAGACGAGUGGAUCGGGAGGACAAGCUGGACAUUCCCAUGUUCUUUGGGUUUGUGGGUCUGUUCAACCUGCUGCUGCUGUGGCCGGGCUUCCUUGUGCUUCACUACACGGGCUUCGAGGCCUUCGAGCUCCCCAGCCAGCUGGUGUGGACCUACAUCCUCAUCAACGGCCUCAUCGGCACCGUUCUCUCCGAGUUCCUCUGGCUCUGGGGCUGUUUCCUCACAUCAUCUCUCAUAGGAACUCUGUCACUGAGCCUCACCAUCCCGCUCUCUAUCAUGGCCGACAUUUGUAUGCAGAAGGUUCGUUUUUCUUGGCUGUUUUUCGCGGGCGCCGUCCCGGUCUUCCUCUCCUUCAUCAUCGCCACGGUCUUAUGCCACUACAACAACUGGGACCCCGUGCUGGUGGGGCUCCGGAGAGUCUACGCCUUCGUUUGCAGGAAACAUCGCAUCCAGAGACUGCCAGAAGACAGCGAGCUGUGUGAAAGCCUUAUCCCUCUGCACACGGUCUCACCCAACGAAGGAAGUGUCUGUUUGUGAUCCAACCGGCAGACACAAAGUGGCGAUGGUGGAUCUCGCUGAGUUGACAAUCUGGAAGCUUUCAGAGACAUUGAACUACCCCAGUGCCUCCUAUUGAAACUAUUUAUUUUCUACAGUGUUGCGACGGCCCAACCAAUUCUACAAUCUCACUUUUUUUUACGUUCACAUAUCAGCCGUCACGGACUGAACUUCUGAUUUCUCCUUUUUUUAAUGUUUUCUGUGUGAAAAGAAACUCUAUGGUACUCAAGGUGCUGGACAUGAUCAGUGAUUACUGUCGUGUCAUGUGACCAAAUGAAAUGGUAAAUGUUGAACUUGAUCUUAACACUAACAGAAGUGGAGCAGUUGUGUGUCUGUGUGUGUCUGUGUGUGUCUGUGUGCGUGCGUGUGUGUGUGUUUGUGGGUUUGAAAACCUUGGAACAGAGCUCCCAUCACUAUUUUAAGGACGAUGUAGCCUCUUUGUACUGGACUUUGUAUAUUCGUCCCUUUUUUGAUACUUGCUGCUUGUUUGGAAGUUCAUGCAGAUGUAAUGCAUUUCACAGUCUGGCACUUUGCACAGUCACAGAGCAAACCCAGCCUUUCCUGAUGGUGUUAGAAUCACCAAGGCAGCAUGUUAGUGAAGCGCCUCCUUGAGGUUUGCACUCUGCUGCACCACACUCUCCUGAUCCAGCCCCUGGACGUGCAGGAGUCAGUGCAGUUUGACUGAUUUCAAUGGGCUAAUCGUGUCUUCAAGCUUUUCCAAUCAGCCACGUGAUGCACUUCAUAUGAUAUCUUAGCACAUGUGACCACUUUCUUUUCAUGACCAACAAUCAGUUAAAAGUAGAAAUGCAGUUUGAGUUUCUGUUUCUCGGCCUCAGAGGCUUUUGGGCAGUUACAAGAUUGAUCAGCGUGGCCUCUGCAUGAGCUGGAAGGUAUUUUACAACUUCAGACCUUCAGGUUACACCAAUAUUGUCCUGAUAGGAUUCUUGAUUUCAAAAAUACAUAUUUUUGUCAGUCUGACACCAGCCUUUGUUGUUCUCUGUUGACUGAGUUAGUCUGAUGCUUGUUACCUUGUCUAACCGGGACUCAAAACAGGAUUUGAAUACUCAAAUAUUCAGAAAUAAUCAGCCAUGGCACUGACUACUUAUUUCUCUUAAAGUAUUUCUUAUAAAAGGCACAAGGGGGAGAUGUUAACAUGUUUAAAAACUUGAUUUUCAUUGGAGGGGGAACAAUUAGACAGAAUCAAUGGAGAUUCUUUGAGCUGCUAAUUAUCUUCUCCAUUGCCAGUUUAAAAUAACUCUUUACCUCUUUACAAGAAUACCAACAGAAUCACUUUAGUUAAUGACAGCUCACCUCAAAAAAUUGAACUGUUGUUUUAGCUACAAACUAUUUAAAGUCCAAAUUUACUUUUUAUUGCAGGAAAUAUUAAUUUAAUUGAGUCUAGAGUCAAAUACGUACAAUAUUACCACUACUAAUAAGCUUUUUAAAAUUCUUGCAGAGGGUAACAGCAAUAAGCAAUAAAAUAUGAUUCUGUGAAAAUGAAUGAAAGCGGGUGAAAAGUAAUGAAAUGGUCAAAUCUAAAUUAAAGGAAGGAACCCUGCAGCUGCAAUCAUGUUGGGCAAGUUCAUUUCUGGAGGGAGACCAUUAAGGCUUCGGCAUUAUCUUCUUCUUUGGUUUAAUUCUGUCUCAACUUCCUGCAGUCGCACUACAAACGGUUGUUUUCACCCUGCAAACCAAGGCUCAGUUAAAUCCAGGCCUGAAACCAAGGGUCAGCACCAAAUAAGCAUCAUUACAAUAACAGUUAACAUUUAAUCAAACAUUUCUUUACUUGAACAUUUUAGAAAUCAAUCUUUUACGUCGCCUUUUGGUAUCGAACGCGACAGAGAAGCGAUGUUCUUGUUUUUCUCUUGGUUCCUCUGACAGUGCUGGAGUGUGGAGACAAGCUGUGACAGAGACAGAAAGUUUGUGUCGAGCAACAGGCCGUCAAACUAUAAGCUACAAAACUUCUCGCUGCAAUAAUGGACGAGAGCUGUCCUCUUCAGAUGGGCGUCUGUCCUCAGUGAAUCAUGGGCAGAGUGUUGAUGUUUGUGAACACUACAGAUUUAUCCUCUGAGAUUACGUCUCAGUUCAUAUUCAAUGUAUUUUUCUAAAUGAUACCUGGAGGAGGACGGGUUUGCAUCACAGUCAAAGUCUCUUGUAGUUUAGUUUAGUUCACAUCAGUUGGACAGAAAAUGAUUUAUUUACUGUUUGAAAGUUUGAAUGUGACGAAAAAAAUAAUUUCUUUAACCAGACUCAGUGUCUGUCAUGUGAUCACAUAUGUAUAUAUCACAGCACAAGGUGAAAUGUAAAUGUUAAUCCACUAUUUCUCAUGUUGUUUGCAUAAAAUUCUACAGAAAACUAUUUUUUCAUCUUUGAACAGUGGUGCUUGUGAAAUCCUGCAUGUGAUUUAUUUUGUUUUACUCAGGUUCUUUGUUUUCUGAGCCUUUUCUGUUUCAUUAACGAGGACGAGCUAAAGACAACAACUUCCUUCUCAUCAACAAACACUCUUGAAUAAUCCAUCGGUGUUUUUGUACGUACACUGCACUAUUAAAAUGAGUUUCUUUGAA